CGGGAUCUUUGAUGACGACAAAGCUUUCACAGCCACAGUCUACACUGGCAAAAAGCCUAACUUCAACAAGUACAAAUGCUCCCUAUUUUAAAGCAGUAGAAAGUACAGAAAUUCCACCUUACCUGACUAACUGUCCCAGCAACGGGCUUUGCAGUAGGCUGCCACCAGACUGCAUGACAUGUAACACAAACUAUUCCUGUGUAUAUGGGAAGACAGCUACUUUUGAUUGCAGAGUCAAGCCACAUGUUCACUGUGUUGAUGAGAAUAACCACGAGCAGGAGAACUUUACAAUUAACAUGACGUGCCAGUUUUGCUGGCAGCUGGCCACAAGUGAUUAUGUGUGUACCAAUUCCACAAACUGCAUGACAGUUUCCUGCCCUCGACAGCGAUACAAUGCAACCUGCACAGUCCGGGAUCACAUUCAUUGUCUGGGUAACCGUGUCUUUCCUAAGAUGCUCUAUUGCAACUGGACUGGAGGUUAUAAGUGGUCUACUGCCUUGGCACUAAGCAUCACCCUUGGUGGAUUUGGCGCCGAUCGUUUCUAUUUGGGUCAGUGGCGGGAAGGUCUGGGAAAACUCUUCAGCUUCGGUGGACUCGGAAUAUGGACACUGAUUGAUGUGCUGCUAAUAGGUGUUGGCUAUGUGGGACCUGCAGAUGGAUCUCUCUAUAUUUAAAUGUGGGUGCAAUGUGUUUCUGAGAGGAGUCAUUGCCUGCAAAGGGCUCUAAAUAAACAAGUGUGGAGGUUUGAGCCUUUAAGGUAGAAUGAAGAACAACUGUUUGUUCUAUGUGCAUACAUUUUAAUGUACAGUAUCUGUACUUGGUUUGCCUUUAACUAAGGUCAAAUAAAAGAGUGGAUCACUGAGUAAGUUGAAA